CUGCAUCCUGCGUCGCACAAUGCGCAUAGCUCGCAAGUUUGAAUGAUUUAAAAACGAACUACCAGUUGUGAUUAGUUGUAAUCUAACGUUAAUUUCAUCUAUUUACAUUUAAUGUAAGCCAUAAGUGAUACAGAUUCAUAUUUUCGAAAAAUGGAAUCCGAUUUAGAAGACAUUUACAAUAUUCUACUUCAAGCUAAUCUGCCUGCGAGUAUGAAUGAUUUGAAAAAUCCAACAGAAGAGUACGUUGUUAACUUAAUCAACACAUUUUUGAGAACAUUUCAUAUUGAUGUCGAUACUAUUAAUAAGCGAACGAAGGAGCAGCAAAUUGCAUGCGAUGACACUGACAUGAUUCAACUCAUAAAUUUACAUGCUGCUAUGGUACAAAUAUGUGAUCGAAUAUAUCUAAAAGAUCUAUGUAUUACAGACAUUAUUAGUCCAGGUUCAAAAAGAAUACGUAAACAAGCCAAAUUGCUUGCAAACUUUAUAUUAUAUGCAACUACCAAAGAAUUAGAAAUAAAGGAUAAAGUAGAUGAAAUCAAAUCCAGAGCACGUAUACUACAGGAAAGGUUGGAUAAGGAAAAUGAAAUAAUAAAAGCUAUAACAGACAAGCAACAGUAUAUGGCAAAACAAUUAUCAUUAAAGGAUAAAAAUCUUCUAAAGUACAAGUUUUAAACUUAAGUAAAACCAUAGCAGAACUGAAAUCUAAGAUUGUAAAGUCUCCUGAAACAUAUGAAAAGCAAUUAAAAGAUCUGGAAGAAGAAAAAAUGAUUAAGAUCCAGCAGCGUGAAACGAUGCAAGAAGCGAUUCAGGAUAAACAAAAUUUGAUUGAACAAUACAAACCAAUUCUGAGUUUCAUUCAAAAGCAAUUAGAUAAGUUGAGCAAAGUGAAAGAUAUACAUCAACAAUUCAAAAAAGUAAAUGUACAAGAAGACAGCAUUAAGAAACAAAUUGAAGUAGUAAGAACAGAAUACGAGGACUUCCAAAAAACGUUGCAGACUCAAAAAGAUAAAGAAAAAGAGACAAAUGAAGUAGAAGAUCUUCAUGCACAAUAUGAACAACAACUUACACCACUGCGUAAUUUAAAUGCACAAUUAUUAUGUGAUAAAAAGACAUAUCAACAAAAAUUAGAAGAAGAACAAGCUCAGUACAACGAAGAGUACAAGAAGUACAAGAACAUGCAAAAUGUUAUUCAAAAACUAGAGGAAGAAACUUCAGCACUUAUUCAGAAUUAUCAAAACAUUUAUGAUGACGAAGUGAAGACUGUCGGAGCUAUGUGGAAAAUGGUGGACAAAUGAAUAAUGUAUAUAUGUACCAUUUUAAGAUAUAAACUAUUUUUAUUAUUAUUAUUA